AUGGCGAACUUCAGCAACGAAGUUCGCUCCGUUGAAACUGCUGCAUCCCGACUCUUUGAGAGUACAAUUGACUUCCCUGACGAGCAGUUCGCCCAGGUAAUUCAAGCCAUUUGUGGACUCUUGACCGUACAGAAUUCUUCAGAGAGCCCCUCGGUGCAGCCGCAAGCAAAAGUGCCACUGAAGCCUGGCCAAGGUCAUCACCGAAGGGUACUUAGUUUCUCCAAUCAAACAGUCACGGAUACCAACCAAGAACUUCUAUUCGCUUUAGCGAAACUUGGUGAAAUUGCAUCUAUCAAUUCAGAAAGGCUAUUGACGAGCGACCCGGAUAAGUCUGGCUGGGAUUUACUUGUUGCUCAACUUGGCGCCACCCUGGACUCGACUACGAUGAGUACCCCCGUCCGUAUCAGAGCAGCGGAAGUUUUAGCGAGAUUCAUGCUUGAAUCUGGCAGUAUUGCAGCUGGUCUUUCAGAGGAUCUACGUGGCUCCAUCCAACUGCGUCUUCUUGAGGGGUUGCGUGAUUCGCUCACAGCACUGCGAGGUAAGAAACGAGAGGACUCUGUUGCUGGUAAUGCGACGGAUCUGGAGAUCCAUCGGGUCAUUCUCGAAGGCCUUCGCCAAAUUCUGGAGAAUUAUGGUGAGAGCUUGGUAGAAGGCUGGGAUGUUGCCUUUGAUAUCAUUGGCAGUGUGUUUGUGACCACAGAUACAAUCCCGGAGGAUAAGAGAGACUCGAGCAAAGCAGUUGGAACGCGUUCAUCGAAGCUCGUCCGCUCUGCAUUCGGCUCACUGCAACUGAUAUGCUCUGACUUUUUGGCGUCGCUUCCUAAUGGGUGCUUCUUGAUCCUCGUCGAUGCUCUGUACAAUUUCAGUUCGCAAGAUGACGAUUUAAAUAUUGCUUUGACGACUGUUACUUUCUUCUGGAUGCUUUCCGACUUUUUAUCCGGUCGUUCGAAGUCGCUAGAAAUCACCGAGGAGCUGAUGAAAGGUGUUGGUUCUACGAGCUUAGUAAAUCUGGCCGAGAACAGUGAGGACAAAAACUCUUCUGCGGCGCUGUGGCUGUUGUUGCUACAGCGUCUCACCGCCAGGCAUGGUCUAUGUGUACCAAAUCUGUCUUGUUUAGACUUCUGUCAUCACUUCAGGAGGAACUAG